AUGGGUAUAGCCAAAGGGACCAGGUUGGCCAUAACAAAGUCUGAGCUUCCGCCCUGUUGCUUGAGAAUACACCCAAACGAUGAUAGGCUAGUUUUGGUUGGUACUUAUAAAUUGGAAGAUUCAGGUUCUCGCCAUGGAAGUGUAGACAUUUUUCAGUUGGAGGAUGAUGGUCAAUUAAUACUUAAAAAUAGUUAUAAAACCGCCAGUGCCGUGCUAGAUCUUAAGUUCGAUCCCUUUGGUUGUGAAAGGCUCGUAACGGCUCAUUCAACUGGCUGUUUGACCGUAUGGAAGUGUAAUGGUGAUGAGCUCGAAGAGGGUCUGAAGCUCCAGCUUUUCGAGGAAGAUAACUUGGUCACCUCGGUUUUUUUCGACCCAAUGCGCCGAGGCAAGGUUCUUGUGACACUAACGAGCGGCGAGGCUGCACUUGUGGACUUGGAAACUUCGUCAAUGGAAAUUUUGGAUCUGACCCACGAUUUGGAAUGUUGGACUGGUUCGUUUGGCGAAAUUGGAGAACUUUCAAAUGUGGUAUUUACGGGUGGAGACGAUGCCAAAGUGAUCUGCCAUGAUACACGUACCAAGUCUUCUAUAUGGAACACUUCAAGAAGGCACCAUGAUGCUGGAGUUGUUUCGAUUUUGUCGCUGGGACCACAAUGGAAUGCUGCGAAUCCACACCAUUUAUUCACCGGUUCGUACGACGAUAAUCUCCGUUUAUUUGAUCUUCGUUUGAUGGAUAAGACUAACCCACUGCUAGUUCCAGGAAUCCCACCUUCACUUAUCGCUCAGGAAAAUUUGGGUGGAGGUGUAUGGCGUCUUUGUCCUGGACCUGAUUCGCAGCUAUUGGUAUGUUGCAUGUAUGAUGGAGCCAGAAUUGUGAAGACUCAAGGUGAAAAGUGGACUGUUUCUUCUACGUUUGUGGACGGGCAUGAAAGCAUAUGUUACGGUGGAGACUGGUCCAAGAGCGACUAUGUUUCCACAUGUUCUUUCUACGACAAGGUUAUACAGGUGUGGGCCCCAUGA